AUGCCAUUGCGCCACCUCAAGAAAAUCCACGUCCAGUUCAACCCGAUGGAUCAUCGCGCGACCGCCAUGAGAGAAUUCCUGAACCGCAUCUAUUCCCCGCGAGCUCAAAAGUCCAACCCGGAGUGCGAGGUGUCGCAUAAAAUCAGAGCGGACGAGAUGCCACCGGUCGUGGCGAUUGAAUUCGAGAACGGCGUGAAAGAUCAGUUUAACUGUCACGAUUUAAAAGUAGAAGAUAUUGCCAGGAAGAUUAAAGACAUAUCGGAUUCUAUGGAAACGAAAGCCAAUUUGAAGGCGAGCGGUAUCAACUUGGAGGAGUUGAAGUUUGAAGCGGUGGACGGAAAGAAGAAGAAGAGCCCGAGCGGGAGUUAUAAGUUUGUCGUUUAA